GAAAGAUACAAAGAGGAAAGGGAGCUGCAAAGAGAGCCGAAAACUAUCAGAAGAAUCUCAUAAAGAUCGGCAAGCACAACCAACGCUACAAGAAGAAGGAGGAGACGUACUACCUUAGUAUUAACGUCGAUGCUGACCUGGACGACGACGAGUACACCAACAAUCGGCUGGGCAUGAAGAAGCCAUCUCCGGGCAAGGGAGGCCGCGGCGGAAUACCGCCUCCAAAACACUUCCCCGGAUUCGAUGACGUCACCGAUCGCGGCGCCACCAACUACGUCGAAACAACGACACCUAGCGGCGGAAGGGGACACUGGCCGAAAGACUUUAGCUUUGGGAAGCCGGCAGGUGGAGACGGAGGCUUGAAUGCGGGGAGAGAGGGAAAGAGGAGGAGGAAGAGGCAGAUGCAGGGAUGCCCGGCGAAAGCUAGCGGGUCGAUUAGAUACUGCUGGGAUACGACGUGCCUGCCUCCCACGCGUGACCAGGUAGGCUGCACCUAUACACAGAUGGCGGCACUGGAGACGUCGUGGUGUCUUAGUGACGGUCAGUUCACACCGCUCAGCUUCCAGCAUGCGAUAGACUGCAACCACCUCACGUACGGCUGUGACGGAGGAUGGCCUUACAAUGUCUACUGGUGGCUAUACUACACCAACACGACCAUCAACGAAGCUGACUAUGGCUACCAGGGAUAUCAGACUGAGUGCGUCCCACAUGCGAACAGUACACACACGCCCGUGAAACUCUCCACGCCCUACUCCUUCUACUACGAGGGAACCGACAUCGACGAAGGAAGCCGCCUGAUAGAGGUGCUACUCAAUUUCGGAUCUGUCGUAGUCGGCGUCUACGCCCCGCGAGACGUAUGGAACUUCUAUGGAGGAGGCAUCGUAACAACGUGCGGGACUGAGCCAGCGACAACGAUACCACCGCCGACGACAACGACGGCGCCGACAACAUCAACAACGACGCCGCCACCGACAACGAUGCCGCCACCGACGACGACGCCGACGACGACAUCAACAACGACGCCGCCACCGACGACGACGCCGACGACGACAACACCAACGACGCCGCCACCGACGACGCCAACGACGGCAGCUCCCUCUACAACGACGACAGCGCCAUCCACGACGUCGACGGCGUCGUCGACGGCGUCGUCGACGGCUGAGAGUGUUUCUGCGCAGCAGGACGUCAAUGCAACCCAGCCAUCAUCGACGACCGACGGUGCUGCCACCGCUGCCGACGCCGAUGCUGCAUCUGUAACGACACUGGCGCCAUCUAGUAACAACACUGCAAAUGAGAACAGCACGGCAGCAGCUUCGGAUAACUUCAGCGUCCCCGAGGCGCCAUCUACAACUACGGUGGCGCCAUCUAACGUAGAUGAAACAACUGCAACAGCUGCAGCAGCAGCAAACACAGAAGCAUCCUCCUCAACGACGACAGCGCCAUCUACAACAACAGCAGCGCCCUCUACAUCAACAGCAGCGCCAUCCUCAACAACAGCAGCGCCAUCUUCAACAACAGCAGCGCCAUCUUCAACAACAGCAGCGCCAUCUUCAACAACAGCAGCGCCAACAACAACAACAACAACAACAACAACAGCAGCGACAGAAGCCCCGACGACAACGACGCAGGCUCCGUCUAGCACGACAGAUGCGGGAGGUACGGGUCUGUCCGGGUCGACGCUGAGCGUGAAGAUGAACCACGCUGUCGUCAUCGUCGGUGACGGCAUGACGGCCGACGGCACCGAGUUCUGGGUAAUCCUCAACAGUUGGGGAACGUCGUGGGGGCAGGGAGGAUACAUUUUAGUGAAGAAGGGAGUCUGCAACAUUGGCGCAGCCAUUUUCCAACCAAUCCCAGCCGUUUAAAUUCAGCUCUUCGUGAUGACAUCAUCAAAUAAAUCGGGAAUGGUAUUCGAUUUUCGUCGGUCGGAGUUAUGGAGUUAUGGAGUUACGGAGUUAUGGAGUUACGGAGUUAUGGAGUUGCGGAGUUCUUUGGUUCGAAACGUCGCGCUUUAUUUAUAAUCGGUUUCAGAUGCAACAUUAAAAAUGCGAUAGCUAUUAUACAAGCAGAAUAAUACAGAGUAAUACACAUAAAUAUUACAAUCUAUAUAGAUAGUCUACAGGUUGAUUAAUGGCGUGCUUAAAUAUUAUUGUGUUACGUGUAUAAUCAAACGCCCUUUUAAUAUACGUUACGUGUAAUUA